AUGACUAUCAAAGAAGGAACUACGCAUUCAUUAGAUUCCUUGAAGUUGAAGAUGAUAAAGCUCUGGAGAAGAAAUUACAAGGCAUCAAUUGUAGGGGGGAAAGCGGUGGAAAUCAACAUCUCAAAGCAUCAACGAAAGCCAAUUCAACCCCAAGGAGACAAAAGGAGAAGGACCGCAAACAUAGAACCCAUGAAUCAAAACACCGCCGCCCGAAGUGAUUCAUACCAGAUUCCGAUGUUCAGAGAUAGUCUAGACCAUCAAGGAACGGUGCACUACUCUCAUGCGGUGAAAGAACAGACCAAAUAUCUGGGUGUACUCAGAAUUGCCAUCCACUUCGAUUGUUCCAUCGAUGCUAUUGCAUUCCUAGAAGACAAAAGUCGUUGGAAAGGCUGGUUUAUAUGGCUAGUUCGAGCCAAUCAACACGAACAGAAAGACGAAAGGAUGGCAUGGCUUAAAAUCCUUGGUGUUCCGCUCAAUCUUUGGGACGAAGAUAAUUUCAAAUUAAUAGCAAGUCGAUUUGGCAAGGUGAUCAACCCUUUUGAUAAUAUAUAUGGAAGGAGAGAUUACUCCAUGGGAAAGGUAGGCAUCCUCACGUCAGAAAAAUAUUGGAUUAACUCAGAAGUCACCAUGAAAUCCAAUGGCAAAGAAUUCCAGGUGGGGGUAGUGGAAUACAAUGAUGACUGGUCACCGUUCAAACCGGUUCCAUUUGACAAAGUGGAGGAAUCUGAUGUAGACGAAGCCGUCGAAGAUGAAGAAGAUACCGUGGGGAUAUCAGACACCUGGAUGGGAGAGGAAGAAAAUGAAUCAGAAGAAGAUGGGGAAUUUCGCCCUAAUCGCACCUACUCGGUCAAUUCUCCAAUGUCGGAAUCAGCUGUCCUAGCAGUCGGCGGCAAUACUCAAGCAUCUGCGGUCGAGAAUUCGAAAAGGUCUCCAGAUGCUGACCGGAUAGAGGGGAAUUUCGAAACAAUAAUCAAUGCACUUAUUUACUCAAAAGAUAUCGAGGUAACGGUUGGAGUUCCCAUUGUACCAACACAUUCAAAUACAUUAUCGGUGGAUGCAUCACAACCAAAUGUGGACCCCAUCAACCUCAUACCCUCCACUCUUGGACCAAUUGAAAAUCUUGGUCCAUGGGGGUGCUUUGGACCAUUCCCUAACAACAACUGCAUUCCCCUUUUUAAUUUUAAGUCCAUCCAAGCCCAAGAUAAGAUACACACACCAGACACUGAAUCCAACAGCGGAGACCCGAAACCUAAGAAAAGGAAAAGAGACAAAUCCCUUACUAACUUACCAAUUACUUCCUGCAUAUCGAAUACCUUACUCCCCCUUGACACUGGAACGACAACCAUUGACCUCAAUACUAAUCCCUCUAGACAUCAUGUCAUAGCAUCUUCAGGAGAUUGCAACAGCGAGUCAAACUCAAAAGAAAUUAUAUAG